UGCAGCCUAUCUUGGAGGUGGUCUCGGGUGUGUCCAUGCUUUGUUUUAACUAUAAAAACCUCCGUUGUUUGGGCUACAAAGCACUCAGCGACACUCAACCAACAGGCAAGAUGACCAGUCUCACUGCUAAGGACAAAGCCAAUGUCAAGGCCUUCUGGGAUAAGGUAUCUUCAAAGGCGGACGAAAUCGGUAUGGAUGCCAUCUCCAGGAUGCUGAUCGUCUACCCGCAGACCAAGACUUACUUCGCCCACUGGAAUGACUUGAGCCCCGGCUCUGCCAACGUGAGGAAACACGGAAGAACUAUUAUGGCUGGAGUUGCUGAUGCUCUGACCAAGAUCGACGACCUGAAAGGAGGUCUUCUCAGCCUCAGUGAGCUGCAUGCCUUCACUCUGCGAGUGGACCCUGCCAACUUCAAGAUUGCCUCCCACAACAUCCUUGUGGUCAUGGCCAUCAUGUUCCCCGACGACUUCACCCCUGAGGUCCAUGUGGCUAUGGACAAGUUCCUGGCUGCUCUGGCUCUCGCCCUGGCUGAGAAAUACAGAUAAACAGCUGGAGUAGAAGACAGAGAC